CACGUCGAUUCAUAACGACGGCGUUACAGUCAGCGUUCGGUGGGUUGCUGGUCGAGUUGAAGCUCCAGCACUAUCCAAAAAGCUUGCGUUCGCCAUAGACUGCGGUAGUGGUUGGGACUCGCGUUGUGCCGUGGUUUUUCCGUGUGUGUGUGUGUCUGAUAAUUUGUGUGGCAUUGGGAAAACAUAUUGUUUGGGUACGGUACUUUUCCCAAUAGCAGUAUUCCAAGUGUGAGGAAAAUCGAACGGCUCAGACACACUGGCAAUGGCUUAAAAAAGGCAGGAAGUGACGCACAUCGGACGCCAUCCGGCCACGGGCGGAAGUAACAGCUGCCAGUAUGGGAAACAAUUUGGUGCAAUCGAUAAACCAGCACUAGAGCAGCAGGUAGUGGUGCGAUUUGUGGGUGCGGUGCUGUGAGAGGUCCCUACGCUCAUGCCAAUCGGAGGUGACCGAACAAAGAACCGAGAUCCGAAACACAACAGUAGUACCAGCAGCCGGACGCAGGAAAGGAAGCACAUUUAAGGCCGACAUAGUAGCCGCCAACAGCAGCAUGUCCGUCAAGUUUGUCUGCCUGGUGGUGGUAGUGCUGGCCCUGUUUGGUGGCACGGCGACCAGUACGCUCGUCCACCGGGGUGGUCAGGCGGGGGAUGUUUUCACCAGCUCCUUUCUGGUGCGCUUCAAACGCAGCCUGGACAAGCAAUUGGUGCACGAAAUAGCAACGCGCAAUGGAUUUCAAAAUUUGGGCGAGCUUCCUGGCAGCAAUGGCAAGGAGUUUCACUUCAAGCAUACCACCCUGCCGCUAGUACGCACCAGGCGCAGCAUCUCCCAUACGCGAGUGCUUAAAAAGGAACCUCUGAUACACACGGCCGUACAGCAGCCCGGAUUUAAACGCGUGAAGCGUGGCUUCCGUCAUGCGGUCCCGUUGAACUACAUCCCGGACAAGGCACCCGGGUACGGCAGUGAAAAUGUACCGACCGAUCCGUACUUCCCGUUUCAAUGGUACUUGAAAAAUACAGGACAAAAUGGUGGCAAAGCCAAACUCGACCUAAACGUACUAGCUGCGUGGGACCAAGGCAUCACGGGAAAAAACAUUACGACCGCCAUCAUGGAUGACGGCGUUGAUUAUAUGCACGCGGAUCUGAAGUUUAAUUAUAACGCCGAAGCAAGUUACGAUUUCAGCAGUAACGAUCCAUUCCCAUACCCCCGGUAUACGGACGAUUGGUUCAAUAGCCAUGGUACGAGAUGUGCGGGCGAGGUCGCAGCUGCCCGGGACAACGGCAUCUGCGGUGUUGGUGUGGCGUACGAUUCGAAAAUCGCCGGCAUACGAAUGCUGGACCAACCGUACAUGACCGAUCUGAUCGAGGCGAACUCGAUGGGCCAUGAACCGCACAAAAUACACAUCUACAGUGCAUCCUGGGGACCGACCGACGAUGGUAAAACGGUCGACGGCCCGCGGAACGCAACGAUGCGAGCGAUCGUGCAAGGUGUGAACGAGGGCCGGAACGGGCUCGGUAACAUCUACGUGUGGGCUUCGGGGGAUGGCGGCGAGGAGGACGAUUGUAACUGUGACGGGUAUGCGGCAUCGAUGUGGACCAUUUCAAUCAACAGUGCGAUCAACGAUGGCCAGAAUGCACACUACGAUGAGAGUUGCAGUUCGACAUUGGCCAGCACGUUCAGUAAUGGAGCCAAGGACCCCAACACUGGUGUGGCCACCACUGAUCUGUACGGAAAGUGUACCACAACUCACUCGGGAACCAGUGCUGCUGCACCGGAAGCGGCCGGAGUUUUCGCACUAGCCCUGGAAGCGAAUCCAUCUCUGUCUUGGCGCGAUAUGCAACACUUGACAGUGUUGACCUCCAAGCGGAACUCAUUGUUCGACGCCAAGAAUCGAUUCCACUGGACGAUGAACGGUGUCGGGCUGGAGUUUAACCAUCUGUUCGGAUUCGGUGUCCUGGAUGCCGGUGCUAUGGUAGCGUUGGCAAAGAAAUGGAGAACCGUUCCGCCCCGAUAUCACUGUGAGGCCGGUGCAAUCACACAGAUACACCGGAUACCUUCGUCGGGUUCGCUGUACUUGCCAAUCAAGACAAAUGCUUGCAAAGGCACGGAUACGGAAGUACGCUACCUGGAACACGUGCAGGCCGUUAUUACCGCAAAUGCUAGCAGACGUGGUGAUCUCGAGCUAUUCCUAACGUCUCCAAUGGGCACACGAUCAAUGAUACUGAGCAAGCGGGCCAAUGAUGACGAUCGUCGGGAUGGCUUCACAAAAUGGCCCUUCAUGACGACUCACACCUGGGGCGAAUAUCCACAGGGCACAUGGAUGUUGGAGGCCACAUUCAAUUCGCAGGAAAGCCGUACCGGUUGGAUCAAGGAGUUUUCGCUCGUAUUGCACGGCACCAAGGAUCCACCGUAUCAGACCCUGUCACCAGCAUCGCCACACUCCAAGUUGGCGAUUGUAAAGAAAGCUCACGAAGAUAAGGACGGCAACUAAGAUGUAAUCUUUUUACCGUCUGCACAAAACAUGCAUACCAACCAAGUACACGUUCACACGUCCUCCUGCAUACACACACAAACAGACGUACACACAUAUACACGCACACACAAACUCUACAAAAUACGCUGCAAUGGUGUCUAUAGGAUGGCAACAUAGGGGCGCAUAUAUAGAUCUAUAUAUAUACAUAUAUAUAUAUAUAUAUUUAUACAUAUAAAUGUUUGUAGUAUUUAUGUUCGUGGGGAGGGGUAGCCCUAGAAGAAUAUCUUACCUAGAGAGCAGCUUUCCAUAAAACAUCUAAUCAAUGAAGCACGAACUAAACACAAGAUAAAUGCCCUACACCAACCUUCUAGGGUGGCACCAAAACAUAAACUCAAACCCGUUUCUUUGAACAAGGAAGCGUUAUCGAGCCCCGGGGUAACCGGAGUGGGAGGGAUUGAGGCGAGAGAUUGCUAGGGCACAGGGAAAGGCGCCAAACAGUGACGGGCCACUGGUUCUGAAUUGUUGUCUAUUUAUAUGUAGGAGACGGAAACAAGCACCCGUUAUUUCUAUGAAAGGUUCUAAAUUGGUUCCAUUCGGUUUCGUUGAUCCAUCCGUUCGUUAGUCCGUAUCAAGCUCCAUCAUUCGUCCUCGUAAGCGUAUUAAUUUGUAUAUAGACGUAUAAAAUACAAUGCAACUAUAUUUACUGAAAACUGUUUCACUGACAAGUCAUGAUUUUCUAAGCAUUGAAUAUGCACCGGUCGGAAACAAAGGGUUUAUACACUUGGUAAAUAUGUACUGUUCUCACGAUACCGAAUCAGCAGCAGCAGAAGCAGCACCAGCCGACAGCAGCAGCGUUGACGGCAGCAGCUGUAUCAUCAACACACAGUAAGAACAAUAACAUCGUCAGCUAAAUUCAUUAUGUGAACAAAUAAAUUUCAUCUUUGAUAAUAUAAAUAAAGGAAUGCAUUUGAACACCUA